AUGGACAGAAAGAUGCUCAACAGCAACGAGGACGCGCACCCCCAAGAGUGGCGCUGCGCCCUGUCCAUGCUCACCCGCGCCCUGAGGCCCAGCCUCAGUCCUGACAGCCAUGCCCAGAUCGAGCUUCCUUGCCUGGGCAUCGGCUGGCCGCCGCUCCCUUAUCACUCAGGAACCACCACCCUGCUGGAGACUCCACCUGUGGCAGUCUGGAGGCCCAUGGGGAGAGAGGGGAGCGCAGGCCAAGUCCAAGCCCAGCGAGGUGAACCUCACGUGGGCUUCGCCUGGAUGGAGGACCUCCUGAUGGCUGAACUGGAGCAGAAGAGUAUUGAGGUUUGCACAGCAAAGAAAGAGCGCGAGAAGUUGCGUCGCGCGAGGGACGAGCUGGAGCAUAGGAACGCCCAGCUGAAGAGGCAGCUGACCCUCGCCGCCGAGAUGAUGGCCGGCCUGCGACAGGAAGUCGUGGAGAAGGAGAGGGAGCUGGACACCAAGGAGCGGCAGGUGUGUGAGUUGAGUGUCUUCCUGAGGGACACGGCGGUGAGGGAAGCUGAUGCUAAGCUGCGUCUCCAGAGCUUCAUUGAGGACCUGUUGGAGAGAGCCGACACUGCUGAGAGCCUCCUGCAGGACAAACACGCACGCUACGCUCACGCGGGCUACAACCACGCACACACCCCGACGCAAUACACACCCCUACACACACCGUCGCACCAGCAGUAUUACGCACAGCGCUACGCACACACACCGCACUGCAAGAGCUCCGGAGCUGGGCUAAACGGUACUUAUCAGAUGUCCUCCAACCUGUCUCAGGCGGUGUGUCCGUUCUGCGGUAAGCCGAGCCCCUCUGCGGAGUGUGUGUGUGUGGCCCUCCGGUGUGUGUUCGGCUACCUGGAUGUGCGCUCGCUUCUGGCCGUGGGGGCCGUGUGUCGGUCCUGGAGGAACGUGUCGCGCCACUCGUCACUCUGGACCCACAUCACCCUGAAGGACGCCCACAUCUCCUCUAUGCUUCUGGUCAGCUUGUCGCGCUGGUGCUGCCAGACCCGCUCCCUCACCAUGAGAAACCUCAGUGCCCCCAGACGCUACCACGAAACCCGGGAGGAGCACUACAGGAGGACACGCGGUUGUCUGGAGGCGGGCCUGGAGGCGUUGCUAAGGGCAACGGGGCGGAGCCUGCUGGAGCUGACGGUGACGGAGUGCCCCAACAUCCUGACCGACCGCUGUGUCUGGCUGGCCAGCUGCUACUGCCGCUCCCUACACACACUCACUUACAGGAGUGCCACAGACCCGGUGGGGCAGGAGGUGAUCUGGGCACUGGGAGCAGGCUGCAGGAACAUCAGCUCCCUCCAGGUGGCGCCACUGCAGCCAUGUCUCCAGCCCAGUCGCUUUGGCAACCGCUGCCUGCAGCUGAUUGGUCGGUGCUGGCCACAGCUGUCUGAAGUGGGAGUGGGAGGGGCCUGCUGUGGGGUGCAGGGCCUGCUGUCGUUAGUGCGUAGCUGUGUGUCCCUGAGGAGGCUGCAGCUGCACGGUGUGUGUGAGAUGAGUGUAUGUGUGGCGCGGCAGCUGUGCAGAGAGGGCCUGCGUUGCCUGGAGACCCUGGAGUUCCACGCCACCCCCGUCACUCCGGACGCACUGCUGCACUUUCACAGCAUGUGUGGCCAGCUGAGAUGUGUUUUGGUUCAGGCGAGCAUCAGGGAUUACUUCCAGGACCCCGACACAGAAGAGGCCCACAGACACUUCAACCAGACAAUCAACAAAAUGCAGGCACUUCAGAGUUCUAUUCUCUCAGGGAUUCUUCAUGUCAACCUGGACAGGUGCUGA